AUUAUAUCUAUAUUUGUGGAGUUUAAAUUUUCACAGUUUGCCGUUUUUUUAUGGAAAUUUAUCCUUUGGUGAAAAUUUUGACUUAGGUUGCUCUAUCACUUUCGUAUACAGAAUUCACGACUGCAUGGUUUUUCGUUACUUUUGUUUUAAGUGGAGUUUGCUCUUUGUAAGAAGAAUUUCUUACCUUAAUUUGAGAUUUCUUCAAAAUGCGGAAAAGGAAAGGAGGUUUGAGCAUCACGUUUGACGAGCACAAACGAAGGGAUUACCUCCUGGGUUUCCAAAAGAGAAAGAAAGAACGAAGAAGAAAGGCGAAGCACGACAUUGAAGAGAAACUGAAGGAGGAACGAAAGAAUGUUCGCGACAUGAAGCGAAAAGAAAGCCACAGCAGAGGUGUGCAUGCAGACUUGGCGUGGAACGAAGAGCGGCCGGAGGAAAACGAAGAGGAGCCACCGGAAGAGAUGACGCUGGAUAUGCCGGCGCACUCGGUGCGCAUUUGGCAGUUGGGCCAGUUGGAAGGAACACACAACGAUCUCUUUCUAGGACGCAACAACGAAAUUCCUGGACACAAGGACUUGGCUGACCACCCAGAUAACACCGGUGAAGUUGGCGAAGAUGGUCGGAAGCAAUUGCCGUCGUCUGCAGCGACCAAAGCCCAGGGCAACCCUAAAAAAUUUGCAGAAACCAGUCAGUUUUUUGAAAGUGUGCGAAGUUUCAGAGAAAAUCUUAAAAGAUCUUAACAUACAAAGUUUAUGGGAAAAGUGGAGAACCCACCACUGCAAACCCACCCACGCCACCACCGUCAUGAACAGCACAGGAAAAGCAUUCAUCUACACUUGAUGGAACUUUGGUGUCCAUUAGGUAUCCGAUUACCUUUAGUCCAUAAAAUUUUUAUUAAGAGUUAGUUUUCAAAAAAUGUAGGCUUUGAAAGUGAUGUUUCUUAAAAACUGAACAUGCGAUGCGAAAUCUUCUGGAAAGUGGGAUCGACUCAAAUUUCAAAGAUAAAGUAGUUGCCUUUCGCAACGGGUUGAUUAGAUUUAAUAUUGAAACUGCUUCCACAGGGCGGUUGGCUUUGAUAAUAUCGUGCUGACGUGCCAAUAAACAUUCUUUUGGAAAUGGCCAAUAAACAUAUUAUUUUGUGAGAGACUGAAAGUCGAUUUCGAGAAUUUUGGUGUUCGACUGGAAAUGAUGAGUCCACACCAUUGGGCAAAACAACGAGUCCCAGUCCCGCCGGGCCUAGGAACGUAGAAAAACGGUUUUAUUAAAACAAAAAACGCAUUUUUAGCAUUAAAAAAUUUAAAACAAACAGAAGAUUCAAAACUCGAACUUAUCCGCUUUCUAAUCUAUUUUUUCCGCCAGCUAUAAAGCAAUCCGUCAGAUCAUCUCCCAUCAAAGGUCAAAACUAAAAAACACGGGAAAAUUUUAUAAGUACGUAACGGAAAGCGGAGGCACAGGCGACGCCUACCUGCAGCGGGGGUCGCAACCAAGACACUGCGCUAAAGUUGUCGACGUUAAUUAUUGAUUCACCAAAGAAAACAACGAAAUUUUGAAGUCUUCAUUAAGUUAAAUUGUUUUGUGUGUAAACAGAAGGAGGAAACUGGACACCGGAAAGUAUUUUUAUUCUAAGUGGUCUAAAGGUUAACAUCGGUGGUCGUACCGUCGUAUCACUGGAUAGUUUUGUCGGUCACAACGCACUGGCUAAAAUUUAACAAAGCUCAGAAUGGUAUCUGAACCAAUAGAAGUACUGUAAUACGGCUAUAAAAAUUCCGGUAAUUAUGGAGUCUUUCUUAUUUGUAGUUCUUGACAACUGACCAGCAUAUGCUGCUGAUUGAUUUGGAAAAGGCUUAAAAACUUUGUUUUAUAACUGCAAAAAAAGGCAUACAUGUAUUCCUCGAAAUUGUCAAAUUUUUCGGGUCUA